GAACGUCAAUUAAUUAUAUCUAAUGUCAAAGUGAAAAAUAAAAACAUGAAGUGGCUCAUCGUUCUCGCUUCCGCGGCUCUCGUGCACGGCUACACCCUAAAGGACAAUGAGGUGGAGACCGCUCGAUUGAACACCAGUGAUGAUUUGCUAGACAGUGUUAUCAGUGAUUGUUUCGGGUCUGACACGCCGAUGUCAUGCCUCAAAGUGAAAGUUCUCUCUUUCCUGGACACCAAGUUGGGAGUCAGCUCGGAGUCUGCGCGGGCUUUGGAUGAGAAGAACAUCGACAAGGUGAUAUUCGAACGCGUUGGAAGGAUCCUGAACAACAACGAAUUCAGGGUUCAACUGCCGGAAUUCCUCUUCCAAAGUGCCGAGGUCUCUUACAGAGCUGAUCGCGGCUUCGAUGUGGAUUUCCCUGAGACUGACAGUGAAAAUGGCGAAGCUCGUGGCAUCUUGAAGAAGAAGCUGCUGCUGCCAGUCCUUCUUCUGCUCAAGCUGAAGAUGAAGGCUCUGAUGCCGAUCCUCGUCGCCCUCAUCGGCAUCAAGGCCAUCAAGGCCCUCAUCCUUAGCAAGCUGGCUAUCACCCUCGUCAUCGGAUUCUUGGUUUACAAUCUGCUGAUGAAGAAAGGAGGUAUGCCCAUGAUGAUGGCCCCCACGGAGGCUGCUCCGCCAGCGCCUCAAUACGGCCCACCAGCGUCGCAGUAUGGCCCGCCGCAAUCCACCCCCGCCGCUCCUCAGGAUUCCUACGGCGCGCCUUGGGAACCCUCCAGCUCGGGACCCUACGCUCGCGUUUGGGACCCCUCCCAGCUUGCCUACAGCUCUUACUUCCCUAGCGAAGGAUCCUCCGCUGCAUCCGACCAGUCUCCCUCAUACUCCAGCGUAGCGUCCAUCUCCAGCUCGUCAUCAUCAUCAUCAUCACCCACCUACUAAACCAACGAUACCUCAUAACUCACAGGAACUUCCUCUGUAAAUAGAACACGAACGAAUGGCUAGCGUCUAUGU